GAACUGAAAUAUAAUGAGUAAAUAGAGCCGAAUGAACUUAACGGUAGAGUAGGAAACUACAUUUGCAAUUUAAAAUUUACGUACAGUACAAGUUUUUUGUGCUGUAUUUCACCAACUUGUGUAUGUUAAUGAACCGGUGCAAAACUGACAUGAAACAUGCGCGAUGCGUUUAUUUUUUCUGAAAUUUUCGGUAUAGUAACUUAGAGAAUGAUGAUGUCAUUCAGUGUAUGUCAAAGAGUAAAGAGGUGCCUAUCAUUUACGUUGUUUGCUUUUUUUUAAGUGGAUUGAGUUGGAAAAAAUGCAACUGAAACUACGAAAAUAUUUAACUUGGAUUGAGGUAGAAAUGUAGUAAGCUACGAAACAGUUACAAAGUGCAAAAUUUCUACCAAAAAUUGUUUGCCUAGAAAACAAUGAAAUUUGUAUACAUGUGUCCAUUCCUCUGCAGUAAAAUCGAGUCAGAAAGUGAUCUUCAACUUGGGCUCUGGAUUAUUGUCCAAAUUUGGCUGCUUGUGUUUACCACUGGUGCAUAUUCAUGUAGUGAUGUUUAGCAGAUUUGCGACUCUGCAAAUAUGAAGAUGCGCGAAAAUUUAAUCGAACCUCGACUUUGGAACCAAACAAAUUUUUAUGAAAAUAAAUUUCUAUGAAAAAUUUCCGUGAAGGCAUCUGUAAACUAUCCGGUGAGCGGCUAAAGACCGUAAAUAGCUUUAAAUUCAAAUGAACUACAACUUCUACGUGCGUAUAAUGUCAACAACAGCUGUUGCUGUUGUAAUGUUGAAAGUAAUUGUUCAACAUUAUUUUUCAAGCGCUUACCAAAGUCUGCUAAAUAUCUGAUGUUUAUGCAAUCGUCGGAUUGAUUGUAAAAAACAACGAAAACAACGGGGAAAAGAAACUAAUUGCAAAACUGCCCACGUCAGUGUGAAUAAACCGAAUAACAGCAACAGCAACAGCACCAGCAACAGCACCAGUAAUAACAACAAAACCAACAACAGCAGCCGUAACAAUCAGAAAAAUAAAGCUAUCAACAACAACAACAACAACGUCGUCAACCAUAGUAGUAACUAUAAUAUUGAAACUAAUAAAAAUAAAAAGAGAAAUGGCCAUAAAUAUAUUGGAUUAUGACCAUUACGCCAUCAGUGCAAUUGUAACUGUUAGCAUGCAGGUGUUUUUUUUCUUAAUUAACUCUAUAUUGCAUAUGGAUAAGCUAACUGAUUUUGCUGGUGGUCUCAAUUUCAUAAUUAUAUCAUUGCUGACAUUCUUUCUCGGACAAAUAGGUCGACCAUCAAAGGCCUACGAUAGCCGUCAAUUGAUGGUGACAUUGUUUGUAUGCCUAUGGGGAGCUCGUCUAUCUGGCUAUUUGUUAUAUCGCAUUAUUAAGCUGGGACGUGAUAAACAAUUUGAUGAUACACGUCGAAAUAUCAUUAGAUAUGCUGUCUUUUGGACAUUUCAGGCCGUUUGGGUUUAUGUCGUUUCAUUACCAGUAAUUAUAAUUAAUUCGCCACGCCAUUCCCAGCCAAAUGCUCCCAAAACAAUGACUACCUUAGAUUCAACGGGAACUGGUAUGUUUAUAGUGGGUUUAUUGGCCGAAACCUAUGCCGAUCUGCAAAAGUUCUCUUUCCGGCAAGAUCCGGCUAAUCAAGGAAAAUUUUGUAACGAUGGAUUAUGGAGUUUAUCUCGUCAUCCAAAUUAUUUCGGUGAGGUUGUCAUCUGGUGGGGAAUAUUUGCUAUUUCGCUUAAUGUUAUUUCGGGCCAUGAAUGGAUAGCGAUAGCUUCACCGGUCUUCACUAGUUUCAUUAUAUUGUUUCUGUCGGGUAUACCGCUGCGAGAGAGGUCAUCCGAUGAGAAAUACAAAGAUCAAUUGGAAUAUCGUAAAUACAAAGCCUCCACAUCUCCUCUUAUACCAGUACCCCCCGCUGUCUAUGUGGAAGUGCCGGCCGCCUUAAAGUUUAUAUUAUGCUGUGAGUUCCCCAUUUAUGACACGAUGCAUAUACAAAAAGACCUCAGUCCUUACUCGCUGUCAAUCGCUCGUUCACAAUCGCAUAUCUAGCAAUCAAUUGCGGGCCAUUGUGGUGGACAGUCAGUACCUGGGGGAAGUCAAUGUACUUCACACAAACACGGAGACACUAGCUCCAUCCAUCGGGGCCACUGCUAUGGAGCGAAUGGUGGCGAUGCCGAAAAUCAUUUAAAUUGUGGCGGCAGCUGCCGCAACUCAUAUAUUAAAUCUGGUAAUCCUUAUCAAAAUGGCUCGAAUUAUGGUUAUGCAGCGUAUGCUGUUAACACUUCUCUGGAAAUACCGACACCGCCACCACCACCACCGCCACCUCCUCAAAGUGUUAUUAAAUUAACAGAAGAUGACGAGGACCUCGAUGGUGUUACCUUUAUGCCGGGGCAAUCAUCACUAAAAACGAAACAACCACAUUAUUUUCAAACUUCUACGCCUACAACUGCACUUGAAUAUGAGCAACAGUCUGCCUCCUAUAUAGACGGAGUUGAAGAAGAACAACUUGAACCAGAGCUAGAGGAAGAUUACCAUGAAGAUAUAUCGCCUAUUGAUUUAAGUAAACCGGCCAGCGUUGAAAGCUUUAUAGUUAACGAAAUUAGGACCGAAAAGGAAGUACAAAUGAAUGCCGAGGGUAAACCCAUAACUGUGACGACAAUAUUGUGAUUUAAUCCGUACAUUGUCAUAAGCAUAGAUAUGUACAAGCAUAUACAUGCAUGCGUUUAUUUUUUUAUUAACAUAUACAGGAUUAAAAUAUAUACUAUGCUCAGUAUACUGCAAAUGUACAUAAACACACCCUAGAGACAAGUAAAAAGAAGAUUAUAUACAUCUUUUCGGAUCUUCGAUAAAAAUUGUGUUAUGUUUCUUACAAAAUUUAAAUGUGUUUUGUAGACGCUCGAUUGUAGUCGGUUCACAUACAGUUUUGUUAAAUAUUUGCAACAUACUUUAUAAUUAGUUUUAUAAUAAUUUAAGUCGAUCCAAUGUAAUCUUUCCAACUAUAUUCUAAAGAUUUUUUUACGAGAAUUUUUUCUUUUCGAUGUCUUACUUUCGAAAUUAUGUAGUUAUGGCGUGUAUAUCCGUACGUGGAAUCUAUUUAUUUUCAAACGCAACAUCAAUAAUCAAAUAAAGCUCCGUUCUCAAUUUCUCUUUUUAGAAACUUGAAACAUUCCAACAAUUGUUUCAAAGAGAAGGAUAUGUCAAUUUAAAGCGCUUAUAAAUUUCCAAACCGACUAAUGAAAUAUACCUGUCUUUGAUGCACAUUUUUUUUCUUUUUUUUCAUAAAUAUUUACUUUCUUGGCCGACUAAACUGUCUGCUCGUGGAUAGAAACCAAGAACAGAAAAUGUAGAUUGAUGGAUACAAUCUAAUAUUAAAUAAUAAUAUAGUAAUAAUAUUAAACGCAAAGACGAUGUGAUGAACACUUAGUUGAGAGAUCACUUUGUUAAAGUAAUUCUCUUCAUUUCUGCUGCUUAUUUAAUCACUUUCUCAAAAUUGUUUUUCUUUAGCUAAAGUACGUGAACGCAUUUAGUAGUUUAUGAAAACUUUUAGAAAAUAAGUUCUAAUUUCAACUCCUUAAAUAUAGUUUCACUUUUCGGUAGGGAUUUUUACUUACCCAUCAAAUUAUUUGUGUAUUUUAAAGGAAUCAAAAC